UGCAGAAGCGCUGUUCACGUCCCAGCACCGCAGGGAGGCAUCAAGGGCAGAUCGUGAAUAUAAAACUCCCAUUUAGAUCCUCUAGCUUUUACUUUCACUUUUUGAUUUCUCAAUCCAGAUUUGAUCAAACUAAAGCAUGGCCAUCAGGGCACAGUUAGAGGACCGUCUGACAGCGUAUGUCAAGGACACACUCGAGUACAUUGAGACCAUAAGAGACUUCUGUGACCAGGAACAGAAAUGGACCUCUGAGAGAAAGGCAGAGCUUGAGAAGAUGAGAGACAUCAAUGAAAAUCAGGAGCAGAAGGAGCUCGACGCCGUCCUCAAAGACACAUUAGAGGGUCUGAAGAAACUUGAGCCGUUCCUGGAUGCGGUGGAGAAGCUAGCAGUGACCUCAAGCCAUGUCUUCAGCGGACAGAUCUUCCUUCUGUGGGGAGAGAGUCCUGAAAGAGUGCAGUCCGUCAUCACAGAUGCCAGAACAGAUGCUCCUCUCCUCAUCCACUUCAAACGAGAUGCAGAAACCUUCUUCAGGCCUCUACUCGAUAAUGUGAACAUCCUGAUCUUUCAGCUAGACAACUACGUUCUCAACACAGAACAACUUUGUAGGAGAGUAAGACGAAAUUCAGUUUUGUGUGGAGACAUCUAUAAAUGUAAAACAGGUCAACCUUUAGUGCAGAUCAUUUUGAACACGAGUGAGAACGCCAUGCAUCAAAUGCUUGAUCAUUUGAAGCAGUUGUGUGAAAUCAGGAGGAACGAACACACCCGGCUGGCGUUCCUCUUUCAGGAAAAUGCUCAGAAAUUCAUUGAUGUGUUCAGUGAACGUCGCUCUAGAAUGAGGCAGCUCCUGUCAGAUCUGGAGGAGACGGCGGUUAAGCUGGACUCCAUGAAGUUGGGGGCCAGUAUAUCCACUGUGGUUGGUAGUUCAGUGGGGAUUGUAGGGGGUGUCUUGUCUAUUCUUGGAAUCGUUUUUGCCCCGUUCACUGCAGGAGCAUCAUUGGCUUUCACUGUGGCAGGGGCUGGUCUGGGGGCCACCAGUGGAGUCAAUGCUCUUGUAACAGGGAUCACUGAAACGCAAAUCAACCAUCACCAUGAGCGCAAUGCACAAAGUUAUUUAAAGAGUUACAAGGAUGAUAUGAUAUUGAUUGAAGGCUGUUUGAAAGAAGUGGCCAACAGUGAAGGACCUUUAGUGCAGCCUAGUGCAGUUGAUGCACCGAUCGUGUUACAAGGUGCUGGAGAAGUGUUGAGUAAGACUGUGGAUGGAUUUGUAGCUUAUGCAGGGCAUAAAAGUGAAAGAGUAACUGAAGCAGCAACCGAGAUCGCAAUGCGGGAUUUAAAUACGGCCCGUGACGUACCGCAGGUGGCUAAAUACUUGUCUACGACAGAGCAGCUGGCAAACGCGAAAGCAUUGAGGAUCGUAAAGUGUGCUAGAGCUGCAUCUGGCUUCGUAAAUGUAUUCUUUAUUGGCCUGGAUGGCUAUUUCAUUGUCAAAGAGAGUAUAAGUCUUCACAACGGGAGCGAGAGCGAGGUCUCUAAACUCAUCCGCUCCAGGGCAGCUCUGUGGAAAUCUGAGCUGGAGGCCUGGGAGAAAAUGCAUGAUUCCUUACGCAUAGGAAUAGAGACGAUUAGCAAGAGCCGGGAUACUUUGGAGAAACCCUUUCUUCCUUAGAAAUUUACAUUUAGUCAUUUAGCAGACACUUUUAUCCAAAGUGACUUACAAAUGAGGACAAUGGGAGCAAUCAAAAUCAACAAAAGAGCAAUGAUAUGCAAGUGCUAUGACAAGUCUCAUAUAUAUAUAUAUAUAUAUAUAUAUAUAUAUAUAUUUCUGUCUAUAUAUGUGGUCUUUUUUCUCUCUUUUUUAAAGAAAACAAGCAGUUAGAAGACGAACAGAGAAUGCAAAUGUUAGAGGGUCAACUGUUUGUUUUUUUAAAUAAAAAAAUAAAACAAAUAGACAAAAAAAAUAGAAUUAUAAUAGAGAGUGCUGUUAGAGGUCUUUAAAAAAAAACAAGUAGAUAGAAUAGAAAAAGAAUAGAGAACGCUAGUGUUAGAGGCUCUUUUUAUAUAUACAAAAGAAAACAUGUAGCUAGAAUAUAAUUAGAAUAGAGAGUGCUAGAGUUAGAGGGUCAAAUAAAGAUGGAAGAGUUUUUAGCUGAUUCUUGAAGAUGGGUAAGGACUCAGCUGCUCGGAUUGAGUUGGGCACGUCAUUCCACCAGGAGGGAACAGUUAAUGUGAAAGUCCUUGAAAGUUAUUUUGUGCCUCUUUGGGAUAAACAAUAAAGUGUCGUUCACUUGCAGAACACAAGCUUCUAGAGGCACAUAAGUCUAGAGUAAUGAAUUUAGGUAAAGGGGUGCAGAGCCAGAGGUGGCAAACAUUAAUGCCUUGAAUUUAAUGCGAGCAGCUAUUGGUAGUCAGUGCAGAUUGAUGAACAGAGGUGUGACGUGCAUUCUUUUCAGCUCAUUAAAGAUUAAUCUUGCAGCCGGAUUAAUUGUAAAGGUUUGAUAGAAUUGGCUGGAAGUCCUGCCAAGAGAGCAUUGCAAUACUCCAGCCUGCACAGAACAAGAGCCUGAAGGAGUUGUGAAGCAUGCUCCGAGAGAAAGGGCCUGAUCUGUAGAAUGCUGUAGAAAGCAAAUCUGCAGGACUGGGCAGUUUAAGCAAUGUGGUCUGAGAAAUCUCGAGUAGGUCUGGCUCCUUGAGCGUCACCCAUUCUUGAGCU